AUGAGUCCGCUUGUCAAGCAACUUGAUCUGGAGAACACCAGCAAGGUGUAUCAUGCUCCAGCUACCAUCACAGCCCCUGGCACCAGACUUAUCCACGUCUCUGGCCAGGUCGGCGCCACAAAGGACAACCAUGUGCCCGCCGACUACGAAUCUCAGAUCCAGCUGGCACUGUUCAAUCUUCGCAAGAUCAUGGUCGCUGCCGGCGCCACUGUCAAUGACAUUGCCAAGCUUUGUCUGUACAUCGUCGACUACGACCCCGCACACAGAAAACACACUCGCCAUAUCCAGCGCUUCCUACGAGGCCAUCGCCCGGCCAUCACCCUGGUCCCCGUGGCCCAAUUGGCCAUUCCGGGCUGGCUCUUUGAGGUUGAUGCCGUCAUCGCGUGCCCAGAACCGACUCCCUCCAUCCCUCGCUCUCUGGGAGACAGCCAACUGGGAGCCAGCGCAGUUGACGUAAUUGUUAUUGGCGCCGGUCUGGCUGGUCUAGCCGCAGCGCGCGAUGUCAUUGCCAGCGGCCUGUCCUGUGUCGUUCUAGAGUCGCGAGACCGUGUAGGUGGACGAACAUGGUCCCGACCGACCUCGGACAAGAACGGCAUCCUCGAGUAUGGCGCUGCUUGGAUCAACGAUGUCAACCAGACCAAGAUGAUUGGACUCGCGAGGCGAUACGGAGUGGAACUUAUUGAACAGAACACCACCGGCAACUGUUUAAUACAAGACGCAGAGGGCCGCAUAGGCGACUUUGCGUACGGUGAAUUGCCAAAGUUUGAUAAAGCGACAGCAGAUGAUGUCGCCCGGAUCCGCGAUACCUGCGAGGCAGAUUGCCAAGCGCUGGACACGGCCAACCCCAAAGCCACAACUCUCGACGCCAUGACAUUCGAAGCCUAUCUCAAGUCACUCAACGCGAGUGAGACAAGCAUUGCCACAGCCACCGUGUGGACCCGCGCCAUGCUUGGCGUAGAGCCCUCCGAGCUCUCAGCACUCUUCUUUCUCAACUAUUGCAAGUCUGGCGGGGGUCUUCUCACCAUGAGAUCCGAUCGCAAGGGCGGUGGUCAGCAUCUGCGCAUCAGACAAGGCACACAGUCAUUCUCGACAGGGUUAGCUUCAGAGUUGCCCAGCGAUACAGUCCGCCUGAACACAGCAGUGAGCGAUAUCAAGCAGUAUGGGCCUGGUGUCGUGGAGGUUGUGACUGAAAACGGCAAAUCCUACCGCGGCCGUAAGGUGAUCACAACAAUCCCCAGCCCGGCUCUCAAGACCAUCAACUUUGAGCCCAAGCUGGACCCCGUUAAGCUGGCUUGGUCAGAAUCAGCUAGAUAUGGUUAUUACAACAAGGCCAUUUUGCUAUUCAAGACCCCCUUCUGGGUCGAGAAGGGCUUCUGCGGCCUGGUACAGUCCUUCGUCGGCCCGGCAAGCGUCAUCCGCGACACCAGCAGCCCAGCUGACAACAAGCAUGCCUUCACCUGCUUCAUGGUUGGUGCGCCCGGAGCUGAAUGGGGAGCACUCCCCGAGGAUCAGAGAAAGGAAAGGCUCCUCGCUCAGCUUGGUGCUCUGUACGGCGACAGGGCGAGAGUGGAUGCCGACUUCGUCGAGAUGCAAUGCUUCGACUGGGCCCAGGACAGGUGGACUGGCGGCGGCUGUCCCUGCGCCAGCUUGCCCCCCGGCGUGCUUGACUCUCUUGGCUCGGGUUCUCUGCGUCAGCCUUUGGGCAACAUUCACUUUGCUGGUACUGAGACGGCGGCGGAGUGGAAAGGAUAUAUGGAGGGCGCUGUUCGCAGCGGCGAGCGUGCCGCCCAGGAAGUUGUACAAGAUCUUGCAAAAUAUUCGUACCGAUUGUAG